AAGGAGAAAAAAGAGAAGAAAUCUAAACGCCAUGACAAAUCUCGGAGGAGAAAGAUUCAGACGGAUGAAAGUGAGCAGUCGGAGGAUGAUGGUGAUUCCCCGAAACCCAAGAAAUCCAGGAGCGAAGUUAAACAAAAUGGUGAUAUGGGAGAAGAAAGCCCGGAGAACGGGAGGUUAUCUUCCUUAAGCAAUAAAUCCACCCACAAAAAGCGACAGAGGAAUUCUAGUGAAACGUCAAGCGGUGACAGUGAGCAAGAGCAGGAGAUGACUGGAGAACAGAAAGAGGGUGCUUUCUCCAAUUUUUCUAUUUCCAAAGGGACUGUUCAGCUUCUUCAAGCUCGAGGAGUGACGUACCUGUUUCCUGUGCAAGUGAAGACCUUCGACCCAGUAUACUCUGGCAAAGAUGUCAUUGCUCAAGCACGAACUGGAACAGGGAAAACAUUCUCUUUUGCUAUUCCCUUAAUUGAAAAGCUUCAGGGAGACUCACAGGAAAGAAGAAGAGGUCGUUCACCAAAGGUACUAGUUCUUUGUCCAACAAGAGAGCUCGCAAACCAGGUUGCCAAAGAUUUCAAGGACAUCACGAGAAAGCUAACAGUAGCUUGUUUUUAUGGAGGAACUCCAUACAAUGGACAAAUUGAUCUCAUGAGAAGUGGCAUUGAUAUUUUGGUUGGGACACCUGGUCGAAUCAAAGACCAUCUUCAGAGUGGCAAGCUGGACCUUACCAAGGUGAAACAUGUUGUACUUGAUGAAGUUGACCAGAUGCUGGACAUGGGAUUUGCUGAGCAAGUAGAAGACAUUUUACGAGUUGCAUACAAGAAAGAUUCUGAAGACAAUCCCCAGACGCUACUGUUUUCUGCAACUUGCCCUCAUUGGGUGUAUGAUGUGGCUAAGAAAUACAUGAAGUCUAAAUAUGAACAGAUUGACCUUAUUGGGAAAAGAACUCAAAAGGCUGCUACAACAGUAGAACAUUUGGCAAUAGAGUGUCACUGGUCUCAGAGAGCUGCUGUUAUUGGAGAUGUCAUUCAGGUCUACAGUGGCAGCCACGGGAGGACCAUUGUCUUUUGUGAGACCAAAAAGGAGGCAAAUGAACUGGCUCUGAACGCUUCAAUCAAACAGGAUUGCCAGUCGUUGCAUGGUGACAUUCCUCAGAAGCAAAGAGAGAUCACACUGAAGGGUUUUAGAAAUGGUACAUUUAAAGUUCUGGUUGCAACCAACGUAGCUGCCCGUGGUUUAGACAUCCCUGAAGUUGACUUGGUUGUACAAGGUUCACCACCAAAGGAUGUGGAGUCCUAUAUCCAUCGUUCUGGACGCACAGGUCGAGCUGGACGGACUGGGAUCUGUAUCUGUUUUUAUCAGCGAAAGGAAGAACAUCAGUUAAGAUAUGUGGAGCAAAAAGCGGGCAUUACAUUCAAGCGUGUUGGUGUUCCUACUGCAACAGAUAUAAUAAAGGCUUCCAGCAAAGAUGCCAUCAGGUGUCUGGAUUCUGUUCCUCAAACUGCUAUUGAGUAUUUCAAAGAAUCUGCUCGGUUCCUAAUACAAGACAAGGGACCAGUUAAUGCUCUGGCUGCAGCUCUAGCCCAUAUUUCAGGUGCUACUUCCAUUGAACAGCGCAAAAAGGAUGCGGGAUUUGUUACAAUGAUACUACACUGCUCUGAAGAAAUAAACAAUAUGAGCUAUGCUUGGCGAAGACUGCGGGAACUGUUGGGUGAUGAUGUUGACAGGAAGGUGAACAGAAUGUGUUUCCUCAAGGGAAGAAUGGGUGUGUGCUUUGAUAUUCCUGCAGCGGACCAAAAGGAGAUAGAGGCAAGAUGGGAAGAUUCAAAACAAUGGCGUUUGUGCGUGGCGACUGAAUUACCUGAAUUAGUAGAAUCGCAGCGGGGAGGAGGAGGCGGAGGAAAUGGCCGAAGCUUCUCAAGCUUCAGGAACGGGCGACGGGGUGGCUCUGGUAGAAACAGAUUCAGAAGCAGGGGCCAGAAACGAAGUUUUGACAGAGCAUUUGAUCGUUAA